AUGAGGUUUAACAGAAAAAGCUACAUGUCUUCACACAGACUUCACAUAGACCAACAACGCUUGGAGCCUUACCUGAUCAUGGUUGUAAAUAGCACCUGUGUCCAUGGAAAUGGCACCAACUCUUGUUUGCCUCCGAGCUCCCCGUCAGGUCUUGCUGUGGGCCUCACACUUUUCUUUGCCUGCCUUGUGGUGAUAACAGGUGUGAUCGUUUACAAAUUCUGGAGUAAAAUCAGGAUUUUGGUGCAACGUAGACAAAGCCAAGAUAAGGAGGACUUUAGUGGGACUCCUGAUCCAGCUCAACAGUUUGCCAGUCCAAUAAGAGAGCAGCCAUUGGGACAGACACCUAUUUAUGAAAACCUGUCAGUUCAAACUGCUGCUUACAAAAAGCCAGCUCAAAACCAAGGAAGGUCACUUGCUCAACCUGAAGAGGAUUUAUACUUGCAGUGCGAUCCAGAAGGUGAUGCAAUUUACAGCAAUGAUCCCGCAUUUACUUCCAACAUCCAAGACACCCAAGACGAGGACCUGUAUGUUGUGCCAGAUUCAUCGUAG